UCCGAUCCGAUCCGAUCCCGACACCACCGCCUCCGGUGGUAGAUCUGGAUCGGAGCCACCCCGCCGCCGGCGAUCCCCGGCAUCCUCGCCACCCAUCGGUAGCCCCUCCGCCGCCGCAGCCGACGACGACAUGGACGCUGCCCCCGCCGCCGCCGAGGCGCACGACGGGCAGAGGGAGCGGUUCGACCUCGGGGUGUUGGUCGGCGACCUCGCCCUCGACGAGGAUGUCGCCAGUGAUGAGGACGAGUCGCUGGAGGGGUUGAGGCAGGAGCUCGACGACUGCAAGGACGACGAGGAAGUGGCAAAUAUCCUGGCUAACGGCAUCAAACUGCGUGAUUACACAAAAGGCGUCGAGAACAACAUUCGCCAAAUUGAGCUGGAUUCUAUACAGGAUUACAUUGGAGAAAGUGAAAACUUGGUAUCGCUGCAUGAUCAGAUUCGUGACUGUGAUAACAUUUUGUCACAAAUGGAAACUGUUCUGACUGGAUUCCAGACAGAAAUUGGUUCUAUAAGUUCGGAGAUAAAGGUCCUUCAGGAGAAAUCUAUGGACAUGGGAUUAAAGUUGAAAAAUCGUAAGGCUGCAGAGUCUAAAUUGUCAAAAUUUGUUGAGGAUAUAAUAGUGCCUCCAAGAAUGAUUGACAUAAUUGUCGAUGGAGAGGUUAAUGACGAAUACAUGAAAACACUUGAGACUCUAAGCAGAAAAAUCAAGUUCAUUGAAGUUGAUGCAAUGGUUAAAUCGUCCAAGGCUCUAAAGGAUGUUCAACCUGAGGUUGAGAGACUUAGGCAGAAAGCAGUCUCAAAGAUUUUUGAAUUUGUCAUCCAAAAGUUCUAUGCCUUGAGAAAACCGAAAACAAAUAUUCAGAUUCUACAGCAGAGUGUUCUUCUUAAAUACAAGUACACGAUAGUUUUUCUUAAGGAACAUGCUAAGGAGAUAUAUGCGGAAGUUCGUGCAGCUUAUAUUGAUACCAUGAACAAGGUGCUGAGUGCACAUUUCCGUGCGUAUAUUCAAGCAUUAGAGAAACUACAACUGGACAUAGCAACCUCUACCGACUUACUUGGAGUUGAAACUAGAAGUACAGGAUUCCUUUUCUCCAUGGGAAAAGAAUCUCUGAAGACCCGUUCUUCUGUCUUUGCUUUGGGUGAAAGGAUAAACAUAUUAAAGGAAAUUGAUCAGCCUGCCUUGAUACCUCACAUAGCUGAAGCCAAGUCUCAAAAAUAUCCAUAUGAAGUUCUUUUCAGAAGCUUGCAAAAACUUUUGAUUGAUACAGCUACUUCAGAGUACCUUUUCUCUGAUGAUUUCUUUGGUGAAGAAUCACUGUUUAAUGACAUAUUUGCAGGACCUAUCCAAGUUGUUGAUGAACAUUUCAAUGCUGUGCUCCUGAACUGUUAUGACGCAAUCGGCAUAAUGCUUAUGAUCCGAAUAAUUCAUCAGCAUCAGCUAAUCAUGUUUAAGCGGCGAAUCCCAUGUUUGGACUCUUACUUAGACAAGGUUAACUUAUCACUCUGGCCUCGCUUCAAGAUGGUGUUUGAUUUGCAUUUGAACAGCUUACGAAAUGCAAAUGUUAAGACUCUUUGGGAGGAUGAUGUUCAUCCUCACUAUGUCAUGAGGAGAUAUGCUGAAUUUACAGCAUCCCUCGUGCAUCUCAAUGUUGAAUAUGGAGAUGGUCAGCUUGAUCUUAAUCUCGAGCGGUUGCGGAUGGCUGUUGAGGAAUUGCUUGUUAAGUUGGCUAAGAUGUUCCCUAAACAAAAGUUGCAAACUGUUUUCCUGAUAAACAACUAUGAUUUAACGAUUUCCAUACUGAAGGAAGCUGGCACUGAGGGUGGAAAAGCACAAGUUCACUUUGAGGAGGUUCUUAAGAGCAAUAUUUCAGUAUAUGUGGAGGAACUUCUACUGGAGCAUUUCAGUGAUUUGAUCAAAUUUGUGAAAUCUCGCCCGUCUGAAGACACAGCAUCAAGCUCGGACAAGGCCAGUGUUAGUGAUGUCGAGCCAUUAGUCAAGGAUUUUGCCGGUCGGUGGAAAGCUGCAAUUGAGCUUAUGCACAAGGAUGUCAUUACAUCUUUUAGCAACUUCCUCUGCGGAAUGGAGAUCCUGAAAGCGGCACUCACGCAGCUGCUGCUGUACUAUACAAGGAUCACCGAGUGUGUCAAGAAGAUCAAUGGUGGCUCUGCUCUCAACAAGGACCUGGUUUCCAUAUCCUCUAUCUUAUAUGAGAUCAAGAAAUACUCCAGGACCUUUUAGUCAGUACUGGUCCUGCCAUGUACACUGGUGUAUUAUUCUCAUGUAACGAAAAUCCUGAUAUAUGCUAUGCAGGUUGGUUGGGUUUGACACGGAACUCUGUUUCUCUUGCUAUUUGGCAGAUGUUAAGAAAUUACACGGGGGUGUAUCUAAAAUAGUUUUUCGAUUGAGAGUAAUGGCUGUUUGUGGUA